AUCUGCCUUGGGCAGCAGCUAUUCAACAGCUUUUAUAGCCAAUUUCUCAGGCCUAAAUCCGAUCUUUUUAUGCCAGCAUUCCCACACCUUCUCUCCUCUGUUUUCCUGCCAAAACCGACUUCAGUGAGCAGCAUUUUCAGUUCAUUCUUCGAGCAGAAACCGAUCCUCAUUCGAUGCCAUGAUGCACCAACAGACUCAGCUGGUGGCUGCCCCUUGUAG